AUGAGUGCAUCGCAAGAAAACGCAGAAGAUGCUCGAUUUAUUGACAUUUUGGCCCAUCUCCCCUAUGCCUGCUCCGCCGUUGAGAGAUUGGCAGGCGGCAGCGUGAAUUGCAUUUGCAGGGGAUUAUUGCUUGACCCGCUGCCGGAUGGAAGCCGGAGUGUGGUUAUUAGACAAUGUUCAGAUGCCACUCGAUCUGCAGCUGAGCUGGCAUUCCUGCAUAUGGCCAAAGAUACUGGCGCUUUUCAGCCUGUCUUGGAUAAUGGCGUCUCAGUAAGACCCGUACAUCUAUAUCAUUUCAUUCCCAAGUUACAGAUACAACUCUUCGAGGACAAAGUGGACAGUCAGCUAUUGAAGUCAUUUCUUCUGUCACCUCCUUCUGAGCCCAUUAUCCAAGACCAAAUCAUGUCCAUCGGCGAAGCGAUCGGGCGAUGGCUUGCUUGUUUCCAUGAUUGGGGCAGAAGUCGGAUUGAAGAACAAAUUUUGAAGAUAUUUCGACGUAAUGAAGACCUUCACUGCAAGACACCUAGUCCUUUAUACGAAGCGGUUGCCAACCAAUGCGAGGAUAAAAUCCUCCGGCAAGCAGUCCUCGCGGCUCUUACCAAGAAGGACCAAAGAGUGCAGGGUGUGAUUCAUGGAGACUUCUCUCCACGAAACAUUCUCAUCAAAUAUUCAUCUUUGCCAGUUGACACAGAGCUUACCGUUAUCGAUUGGGAGACUAUUACAUAUGAAAACCAGCUCCACGACUUUGCCAAUAUGAUGGCCGUCACCUACAUUCAACACCAUUUCAGUGGUGUUGGCUCCUUCGGCCCAUUGAUUCAAGGAUAUCCAGCAACGAUCAACGCUUUGGCAGUGGCAUGGGGGAUCGUGUUGACCACCUUUACGAAUUCAACCGAUGUGCUGUUUGGCCUUGUGCGGCCGUCCUACUCUGAUGUGCAACCAUGCAUUCUGAGACUCCAACCAGAGGAUUCCGUCACGACAGCAUUGAAUCAGGGGGAUGAUAUCAUCAAUGCGCCGGAUAAGACACUGCAGAGCACCGGCACAUUCCACAACAUCCUGGUGAUUCGGAAAGAUGGAGAAGAAAUCUUUGUUCCAAAAGUCAACACAUGUCCUCUUCAAAUACAUUGCCGAAUCCAGCCUGAUGCCAUCAUGAUUCAAGCGAUCUUCGAUGGAGAAAUUUUGGUACCAGAACUUUUGAGGGCUAUUCUCUUCCAACUGCGUCAUGUCUAUACCGGCAUCAUACACAACCCCGAAACAACUAUUGCUGACGUCCAAGGGAGCAGCCCGGAAUCCAUUGAGAAGAUACUUCAGUGGAAUGCGGAAACACUCCCUCAAUGCGUGGAAAAGCUCGCUCAUCAUCUCAUCGAGGAACGCUGUCGUGAACAACCAUUGGCUCCAGCAAUCAGUGCCUGGGAUGGUACGCUGACGUUCGGCGAACUAGAUGAGCAGGCGUCCAAAAUAGCUGCUCGUUUAGUCGCCAGCGGAGUGGGUCCAGAUCGGUUUGUUGGUCUGCUCAUGGAGAAAUCCAUGUGGACAACAGUGGCCAUCUUCGCUGUGCUAAAAGCUGGCGGAUGCUUUUAUCUCCUAGAUGCCUCACAACCCGCCCAACGACUGGCAGUUAUGUGUCGCAAGGCUCAACCGCGACUCGUCCUGGCGUCGGCCAAACAUGAGGCCUUGGCGGAGCAGUUGGAAGUUCCCAUCUGGGUGGUUCCUCGUGACUUGGAAACGGGUGAACUUCCUGCAGUGGAAUCCCAACAACUCGCAACUGUUCACCCACGUAACAUCAUGUAUGCCGGUUUUACCUCUGGUUCGACGGGAGAACCCAAGGGGUUUGCAAUGGAUCAUACAGCCUUUGCGAGUGGCCUGACAAACUACGCCCAACAACUUAGUCUGUCUCCCCAGUCACGCGUACUGCAGUAUGCCUCCUAUGCAUUCAUCGUCAGUCUCACGGACCAGCUCGCUCCUCUUACUCAGGGUGCCUGUAUCUGUGUACCGUCCGAACCGCAGCUGCAGAACGACUUGCUUGGGGCAAUUCGUCACCAUGAGGCAAACUGGCUCAAACUGACACCAUCGGUUCUUCGCCUGCUGGACCCAGGAGACCUUUCUGGACUGAAGACAUUGGUAAUGGUAGGUGAGCCCAUGUCGGCGACCGAAUUGGCCAAGUGGCAGCACAGCGGUGUAAACCUCUUGUCCCUAUAUGGAAUGUCAGAGAACUCGAAGGGUUGUUGUUACGGCAGCCGCAACGAGCCCGGCUGCGAUGUUCGCCAGUUCAAGAGGCCACUAUGUGCAACCCCUUGGGUGGUCAGUCCCCAUGAUCCGGAAAUCCUCAUGCCAAUUGGGGCGGAAGGAGAACUACUACUCGAAGGGCCGUGUCUGAGUAGAGGGUAUAUGAAUAAUCCAGAGCAAAACUGGAUGACCUUUUUACAUGAUCCCGCUUGGCUGAAACAGGUCCGACCCGAUAGCAAUAGUCGAUUUUUGAGGACCGGUGAUCUCGUCAAAUACAACCCGCAGGAUGGAACCUUACACUUGCUGGGCCGCAAAGGUACCGGGAUGGUCAAGAUUCGCGGCCAGCGGAUCGAGCUUGCUGAGAUCGAACACCACCUAUGCCCUCAAUUUAACACCCAUGAACCAUCGGUGGUCGACGUGGUUGUUCCAUCAGAUGACACAGCCCAAAAUCCACUUUUGGUUGCCUUUGUUCCUAUUGGAAAGCAGCAGUCCACGCUCCAGCGCGAUGGUAUAAUCGAAGGCCUCUUUGCCUCACCCACUCAGGACUUCCGCCAGAAAGCGAGAAACGCCUUGUCAAACCUACAUCAGUCUCUCCCCAGCUUCAUGGUACCCCCGGCUAUUGUAGCCACUGUGGCAUUGCCCCAAACUGCGACUGGUAAGCUAAAUCGGCGAGUGCUGCGCGAAGAAGCAUCCAAGCUGUCCCGCAAAGACCUACUGGCAUACAUCUCCCACGACUCUGUUCAUCAAGAUCCCAUCACGCCCCAAGAGACUCUUCUUCAAACAGUAUGUUCGCAGGUGCUUAACCUCCCAUUGGUGACGGUAGGGAUGCAGUCCAACUUCUUUGAUCUCGGCGGUAACUCCAUCACUGCUCGAGAGUUAGUAACCAAGUGCCGACAGAGCGGCCUGUACAUAGCCGUGGCCGAUAUAUUCCGAGCGUCGUCCCUACUGAGCCUUGCUGAAUGUCACCAAAAGGAUGAUAUCUCAGUCCCGGACGAGGCAUAUGAUCCGUUCAAAGCAGUCCGAGAUGAGUUUCUCGCCAAUCUCCCAGCUCCGUUGACAGAAGACCAGAUCGAGGACGCUUUUCCAACACUGGAGGAGCAGCACACCUUGGCUUCUACACAUAUGCUUGACUAUCACCUUUAUGAAUUGAAGGGCCCUGUUGAUCUAUUGCAACUCCACCGCGCCUGUCAAGCGGUUGUCGACGAGCAUACCAUCUUGCGGUCGAUUUUUAUCCCCUUCCGAGAGGACAUACUCCAGGUUAUUCUGCGCCGUGUAGAUGUACCCUUCGCGGUUCAUCCCUCAGGAGACCAAAGUGCUCAAAGCUGGGCGAAAUCAUUCUGUGAGGCAGAACUGCAGAAGAGGUAUCACGCUGAUGAGCCCCGAGUCGAGUUCAAACUGGUCCAAGAUGCACCAGACCACUCCAUCCUGAUCAUCAGGCUGCUACACGCCCAGUACGAUGCAAUCGGCCUCCAGAAGCUUGUGUCUGAUUUGUGGGCCAAAUACGAUAACCAAGAAGCACGCAUCGAAUCCGACUUUUCAGCUUAUGCGCGAGAGUGCUUCCGACAGAGAACCCCUGAGGCGUACGCAUUCUGGGGAAACCUGCUUCAAGAUUCACAAGUCACUCCGGUUCCCUUCCCAAUUGUUCCGGUGGUGGGGGAGAAAAGUGUAGGCUUUGAGAGGGAGGUGUCUCUGCCUACGCCCCCUGCUGGGAUAACCAUGGCUACGGCUAUCAAAGUAGCCUGGGCAACGGUGCUACAAGAAUGGACAGGCUCCUCGGACGUUGUCUUCGGGCAAUUGAUCACCGCUCGAAGCCUACUUCUUCCCGGUAUUGAGGAAGUUCUCGGCCCCUGCACUAACACAAUCCCCGUCCGAGUUCAACGAACUCUAAAGUCUGACACUCCCCGUGAGCUACUUCGUGCUGUCCAGUCUCAGCAUGCUGAGAGUAUCGGGUUUGAGACCAUUGGAUGGAAUGACAUUGUGGGAAAUUGUACCAAGUGGUCAUCAGGAGUCAAACCGGGUUCGGUCGUGGUGUUUCAAAACUAUAACAAAAAUGUAAGGACACAGUUUGGUCAGCUGUCCUGCCAGAAGAGCACACAAUUCUUCAAUCUCCCCCCUGAGGAUGUCGUGUGGUUGCUUGUGUUUCCUACUAGCACGACUACUUUGUUUGUAAUCGAGUCUUCCAACUCUAUUCUCAGGGAAAAUGAGGUAGACAUACUUCUGGAUCGAUUCUGUGAAGUUUUGGGGGAGGUUUGCAGCAGGAAGGAAUGA